AUGCCUUCUUUCAAGAGUAUAGCCACGGGACUUGUCGCCCUUCUCGCGGCAGAUGCUGUCAUUGCUGGUCCAUGCAGGCCCAGCUUGACCACCACGGGCGUCUCUACCACGUCCUCUGCCCCAUCGUCUUCUGCCUCGACCGAUACUGAGACGUACACCGUGUCAACCGGGACCACGACCUCUGCGGCUACGGAAACCUCGACAACCUCGACCCUUUCCUCGACUGCCGUUACUUCGUCCGAGACCUCGAGCAGUGCUGAAACUUCUCUGAGCGAGACCACGACUCUCUCUUCUGUUGAGACCGCUUCGACUGGAACCACUUUGACAACCGAGAUUGCUUCCACGACAUCGACCAUCCCAUCGACUACGGAAACCGCUACGUCCACUGAAUUAUCCUCGACGGCGACCACCACCUCCGCCGAAGAGACGUCGACAACAUCGGCGAUAGCAUCCACCACUACAUCAGAAGCCCCGGCCACUCUCCCCACGAUUGCCAACGCAAAUUUCGACGAGAAUUCAAAUGGCGCUCCCUGGGUUCGCACCGGGCAGGCUUCGGUAUCCAACGGCGCUGUAUUCUGGAAAUACUCCGAGCCCAACGUCAUGGUUAUGCGACCCUACACCUCCAUCGCCCAAGAAAUCACCGGUCUGCGCCCCGGCCUAGCCUACCGCAUCCGAUUCAUCUAUGUCGAAUUCGAUACGCCUUCGGCCACGGCAGGCUGCAAGGUGACGGCAAGCUUUGGCGGCGAGGACAUUGGUGAGGUUGCUACACUGCCGCCUCGAACUCCCAACAACGUGUUCGAGGAAUUUGUCUCGACGGUUUACCGACCUUCUACAACGUCUGCCGAGCUGAAGAUUGCCUUUACCUGCAUCGCCACGGGUCAAUCGAACAGAUACUACGUUGAAGAUGUGUCGAUUGAGUUCGCUGAAUAG